ACUAACCUUACCUGGCUGGAGACCUCCUCUGCCGAUCCUAGCCUACAGCCAUGUUUCACCAAUAGAUCCUAAUUCCAUUCACGUACAUGGUAUUGGGGGCUAAAAUGGUAACAUGUCUUAUAUUUCUAGAUACGAUUGAGAACAUUGAGCAAUAAAUAGCUCAUUAAGUUUCUGUAAGGCUGAUGCACCAACACUACGACAUAGAUCCAAGUUGGCUUGGGGGUCUUUCGUCUCCCCCCGAUCAACUCGCUCCUAUUUCUACAUGUAGCCUCAUAACAACUAUCUACCCACAGAGGAGAUACUAUCUCAUCGACCUAUGCGCUCUACUUACCUCUUCUCCUCCUAGGCAAUAUGUUCCUGUUUUAUGGUCUCUGUUCCCUACGCCUUAGGUACUAAAGACACACGCAGUAUCCAUCAAACAUAGAAUCUCAGACCGAUAUUCCCGAUCACGAUGAGUUAUAUUAACAGAGGGUCGAUUUCAGCUAUUGGGGUGAUCUUCCCAGCUCUUGCCAUCCUCUUUCUUGGAGUUCGAACCUACGGAUGGCGACAUCAUAGUCGCGUUUUGGCGAUUGAUGACAUCCUUGUUGUUCCGGCAGGUGCUCUGACAAUCGCUGCUGGGGUUGGGUUAGUAAUUGGAACACAGAUGCACAUAAUCGGUGGGCAUUCAGAUCUUGAUCCUGCAAGUACGGCAGAAGAAACAGCCAAACUCGGCAAGUUUGAAUACGCUUUCUGGAUGUGUCAUGUCUUAGCCAUUGGCUUCAUAAAACUGACAAUUCUAUUCCUAUUACGCGGUGUAUUUAAAGGUCGAGCAUACAGGACCGUCUUUGAUUAUGUGAACUGGAUACUCAUAACCUUGGUCACGCUGUGGACUUUGGUGUUUCUCUUCUUUGACAUAUUCGCCUGCGGGACUCACCCAUCGGCGAGUUGGGAGAGUUGGGAAUCAUUGAGAGAGUACUGCAUUGAUACUCUUGGAAUGCAGACUGGGGGUGCCGUCUUCAGUUGGGUUCUUGAUCUUGCGAUCUUCAUCGAGCCCCUCAUCAUGAUUCGGACCCUCCAUAUGAACAGUAGGCGAAAGAUCCAAACAUCUCUUGUCUUCCUGUGUAGUGGCUUUGCGGUUAUCGCAGGACUUUUAAGAAUGAUUCCCUGGAUCCAAUUACAUCGUCAGGACAUCACACACCCUACUCUGAGAUUACUUGCCACGACAUUUUUAAUUACUGACCAACAAGGCAUUAUUUCCAUUGUUCUCUUCUGGACUUACAUCGAAAUCGGCGUGGGGUUUAUUGUUUCUUGCAUUCCUCGGAUUGCUUGGAUUGGGGAUAAGAUAUCUGUUGACCCUAUCCUGUCCAAACUUCGCUCUCUCCCAUCGAGUGUUUCUUUAUUGAGGAGAGACAGGCACGCGCAUCGUAGGGUAGAGGACCUAGAACAACAAUCUCAAAGCUCCUGGGUAUCAAAGCUUUACAUUAAAACGUCAUCGGGCCAUCGCUCUGAUGACAAUGUGGAGCUAAGUUCAACGACAGAACGCGUCUGAGAUAGUUUGACUCUUGCAAGAGUAGGAAAAAGGGGCCCCUCAAAUACCAUGGCAGCCAUUUUAUUCGUGGGAGACUGGGAGUCAAAGGGUGUUUGACACUCAACGCCUUUUCCCAUAUCCACUACAUCUAGUGCCAAUAUCUGGAGUUUUAACCUAGGAUAUUGAGUACCUGGCAUUCUCUUCCAUACCUAUUUCUUAUUGUUACAUUUUUACUUAGUCGGUCUGGGUUCUUCACCUCUGGUUUCCCUAUCUCAUCGUCGAGGCUACCGCGAGUUUCUCCACUAGCUGGAAGCCUAUCUCUGUGAAGCAUCCUAGCACAACAGCCGACUACCAUAGUAAUGGCAGCACCUUAUAAUACCAAAUAUAUUUUUUCUAGCCGUAUCCAAUGUUGUAUGUAUGGCUGAGCUAAAAAUGCUUAUUGACUAUGUUCAAUUCAGUGGUAAUGCGGGUUCAAGUGAUGAUGUACUCCCCGAUAUAUUGUCAUUCGCGUUAGGUUGACUUAGAGAUGACAGCAAGGUCGACGGUGAUAUUUCAGAACGCUUGGGGGGAAAUGCUGCAAUAGGUACCUACUAUCCAUACUUCAAAGCAG